AUGCAACUCACUACCCUCAUCCUCACCACCCUCCUCGCCCUCACCAGCGCCAGCGCCAUCCCCGCCGAGUCUCCCAAGAUCCCCGAGACGAAGUGCAGCUGGUCAAGCAAGCGCGACGACUGCGGCAAAACAUACAACGGCUUGGGCAACUGCAAGUCCAAGUGCCAUACGGAGCUGUAUGGGUAUCCAAAGCCGGGCCAGUGCGUGACGCUGAGCGUGUGGGGCAAGCAGGAGUGCAGGUGUUUGCCCGAGUGCAAGGGCGAGGCGGGGGAGAAGGCUGUUGUUUAUUAG